AGAGAAAGGAGAGACCAAAAGAAGGAAAAGAUCCAAGAGAAAAAACCCCAACCACACACCAGCGGCUGCAGGACUGGGCACAGCAUGAGAUCCAAAGGCAGGGCAAGGAAACUGGCCACAAGUAAUGAGAAUGCUUAUGGCAUCUACCCUGAAAUACCCUUGGAAGAAAUGCCAGAUGUGGAUGCAGACGGAGUAGCCAGCACUUCCUCCCUCAACAUUCAAGAGCCAUGCUCACCAGCCACAUCCAGUGAGUCAUUUACUCCCAAGGAGGGCUCGCCUUACAAAGUCCCCAUCUACAUCCCUGAUGACAUCCCGAUUCCUCCUGAAUUUGAACUUCGAGAGUCAAAUAUGCCUGGAGCGGGACUGGGAAUCUGGACCAAAAGGAAGAUUGAAAUAGGUGAAAAAUUUGGGCCUUACGUGGGAGAGCAGAGGUCGGACCUGAAAAACCCCAGUUAUGGAUGGGAGUGUGCCUUCAAGUAA